GCGGGCCGGGGCUCUCCGCGAGAGCGAACCGCGGAGCAGCCCCCGCGUCUGCCCGGCCGUGCGGCUCGGGACGGCGGGCACGGGGCGGGCUGGAGGCUGCCCCUCGCCUCCCCUGCGCGCGGUGGCUGGGCAGGGGCAGGGACAGGGACAGGGACAGGGACAGGCAGGGCUCUGCCACCCCGCUGCUGCUCCGGUGUGGACGCGGGUCGCCGGGAGCUCUGGGGUCCCCCCCCGCGGCACGGGAGGUCUGGAACCGCGUAGGUCUCGCAGGCCGGUUCCCACCUCGGGGUCCCCCAGACGUGGGGCCCCCGCUCCGGCGCUUGCGGUGUCACAGCGCCCGACCGGCCUCUGCCGUGGCUGGGACCGCGACCAGCCGCUCUGUGGGGCAGAGGCGCCUCGCAGGCCGUGCCCUGCCGUCCGUGGUCUCUCUCGGGGUGUGCCACAGCGAAGUGUUGGCACCUGAGCUGGCGGGUCGCUCCACGCACGCGACGUUGGACCGGAGUUGAAGUUUCUGUAGCGUGUCGAUGAUGUGAGAAUGACCAUGGCCCAGGCUGGGGCGGUAGUUGCGGCUGCCACAGGAGUCCUUGUCUUCUUCCUGUACUCCUCCAUUCACAGGGUUGAGGAGGGGCACCUGGCUGUGUAUUACAGGGGCGGUGCACUUUUAACCAAUCCGAGUGGACCGGGCUACCACAUCAUGCUUCCGUUUAUCACCACAUUCAAAUCCGUGCAGACCACAUUGCAGACUGAUGAAGUGAAAAAUGUGCCUUGUGGGACGAGUGGUGGUGUUAUGAUCUACAUUGACCGAAUAGAAGUUGUGAAUAAAUUGGCACCGUAUGCAGUGUAUGAUAUCGUGAGAAACUACACUGCAGACUACGAUAAGACCUUGAUCUUCAAUAAAAUUCAUCAUGAGCUGAAUCAGUUCUGCAGUGCCCAUACUCUCCAGGAAGUAUACAUUGAGCUGUUUGAUCAGAUAGAUGAGAAUCUGAAGCUGGCCCUGCAGAAGGAUCUCAAUGUCAUGGCACCAGGUCUCACUAUACAGGCUGUGCGUGUUACAAAACCCAAAAUCCCAGAAGCCAUCCGAAGAAAUUUUGAGCUAAUGGAGGCUGAGAAGACCAAGCUACUCAUAGCAGCCCAGAAGCAGAAGGUAGUAGAGAAGGAGGCAGAGACAGACCGGAAGAAAGCACUCAUAGAGGCAGAGAAAGCUGCUCAGGUGGCCAGGAUUCAUUAUCAGCAGAAGAUUAUGGAGAAGGAAACAGAGAAGCGAAUUUCUGAGAUUGAAGAUGCUGCAUUCCUAGCAAGAGAGAAAGCAAAAGCUGACGCAGAGUACUAUACUGCUCGGAAGCUGGCCGAUUCCAACAAGGCAAAGGAAAGGAAAAGAGAAGAGCGAGGAGAGAUGCAAGAUAUCCUUGGGGCAGAGGGAAGGAGUCUCAGUAUUAUCCCGCUAUUCAGAUGGCCACCUUCUGUUACGGACCACCGCCAGGCAGAGAAUAGGCGCCUGAUCCCAACCUGCAGCCUGCCCAGGCUAGGGCUGCCCUGCCCUCUCCACCUCGCUUGCGCAGUUGACCCUCUUCUGCAGCAGAACAAAUGUUUGACACCUGAUCUCAAAGUAGGUGAGGCAUCGCCACUCCCCUUGGGAUUAAAUACAGCAGUGCAAAGUCCAUGGAUCCCAGAAGAAGGGGAACUUGCCUUGUGAAAUCCCUUGUGCAUCCUCAAGCAGUUCCAAUGGAGAGUGUGUCACCAGUCCUACAGUUGCUAGCCAGGCUCUGCUGUGUCACAGGGCUUUUGACUCACAAGCUCGCUGGCAGGAUGACCUUUAUUCCUGGCAUCUAUCCUAUCAUAUCUGUUCCCUGCUCCCCAUGCACCACUGUGGGGCGAGAGAAGAAAAAAGGUGAAUUCUUGAAGGGGGAUGUGGGGGUGGGUGAAAUCUGUUGGUAAUCUGCUUUCCUCCUCUCCUCCCUGCUCCCCGGUGCCCAUCAGGACUAGUGCUUGUUUCUAGGACCUGUUUCUCGUUGCGUUCUCUGACAAUCCCAGAAGAUGGUGACUGAAGGAGCGUAUGCAGGGGCCUGAUCCAGAAUGCCGUGCGCCCAGCUAGCAGCAGUACAGUCCCACUUGCCUCUUCAACCCGGUGCGUAUUCAGAGACCACCUCUCUUCCAUGAGCUUGGGCAUCUGUAUGUUCAUCCUGGUUUUCUGUCCCCUCUCGUGCAGUCAGGUGAAGUGCUCAGCCCCGCAGCGAUUCACCAUUAAGGCCAGUUAGUGGUGACUCACCCAGUGACCGGCAUUGAGCUGUUCUGUCCCUAGCACUGCUUAUGGUCUCACAGCAGGUAGAGGAACAUGUUCGGAGCUUUUCCUGUGUUGAAGCAUUCAGCCCAAGAUGAACGCCCUGAGCUUCACAUCUGUUAAUAAUUUGUGCCCUUUGGGCCUUCCACUGCUAGUUUUGUACCCCAUGUGGCUUGUUUGACUUGGAGAAUGAGUGUCUCUCCUAAAGGGAAGUUCAGUAACACAGUCAAAAAGGUGCCUUACUCUGUCUCAGCUCCUGCCCUAGCUGUCUUGUCUCCAUCUUUGGGGCAGAGUGGGGAUGUUUUGACCCUUCCUCUCUUGCUUCCGCUGCCAGCCGGCUUGGGUAACAUUGCCCGUGGGACUUGCAGAGGGUCUGCAGUGGUUUCACGUGGUCUGUCCUCCAUCUGUGUGCAGACUCCCAAGGCCUAACUGGUGCUUGGCCCCAUGAGGCAAGCUUCUCUUUCCCCAACAUGUGGCAGCUAUUCCUCACUUGGUUGUUAGCCUACAUUUUAGUUAGUCGCUGUUCCCUGUCGCAGGCACCCUACAGCUGCUGCAGUCUAGCACUUGAGCUCUAGCAAAGAGCAUGAAGUGCGGCUUGGAGACAGGUUACUGUGGCAAGAAGGCAGGGUGCCUCUUGGAGCAUCCCGCAGGCAGCUUCCUAUGAGCAUCUUUCCCUUUUCUCGCAGAUCCUGUUAGUCAGCGUGCUGUCUCCUCAAGGUGCUCAACCCAUAGCCUGUGGUUGCUUGCGGUUCCCUGGUUUCUCUCUCUGCAGUUGGUUAUUUCAGCUCAGGAACAGCAACUGACCUGCCACGGUGAGAGGCUGGCUAAGGGGGCUGAUUGCCUCUCCUGGCCUCGAGCUUGUGGUCAGGCGGUGUGAAAGGCAGGAGGACAGGUUUCUCCAGCGUGUGGUCCACACAUCUAGCACACAGAGGGAUCGCGGAGCAGCCCUGCGCCUCGCAGAUUCAAACCAAGGCAAGUGCAGAGCCCCACAGCUGGGCUUUUGCAGGAGACACUUAUGUUUUCAUUUGCCAAAAGGGCGCUCUCCUCGGUUUGAGCAGUAGUCAAAGGAUCCUGAUGCCCUGGGGUUGUCGAGUGCCCUGAGGCCUCCCCACAGGGGCAGGUAAGGUGUUUGCAUGUUACAUUUGAAAAAUCGGAUCAGUCAACAGUAAGGGCAGAGCUGAAACUCAUGGUUGAUGGCAAGACAGGAGGAGCUGCUUGAACACCUGUGCUGUUAAACCCAUCAGUGUGCUUUUCAGGGAAGGAUACCAGGCUGGGCAGCGUGUUUCAUAGCUGUGAUACUUGAAGUGUGUCCUGGAAGUGUUGUUGGAUUAGCAAGAUUCCCUUUCCUCCGUGGGAAAGGCUUUGAGGAGUUGGUGGAGUUGUGUGUCUUUGACCCUCCAGCAUCUCAGUAUUGCUGGCUUGUACUUCAAAGAAAAAGCACAGCUACAGUCAUUUGAGUUGAAUUUUGAGACCAACCACAGGCAUUCUGAAAACAGAAACACCCCUGGAGAGAGAAUAUACCUGUUCCCGUGUGAUACAUGCUGUAUCGUGAUCUUGGGCCCUGGCAAGUAGCCCUGGUCCUCUUGCCCCAAGGUGUCUUGCACAGGCUGGUGAAGGCCAAGCUUGUGUGGCAGUGGCCUCAGCAGAGCCACAGCGUUGUGAAAGGGGAGCCUCCAUCUUGCAAAGAGGGGCCUGGGCUGGGUGCUAGCAAGUGCCAGCAUCGGUCCAUGGGGUUAGGCUGCAUGCAGGGGGAUGGGGUAGGUGAUGCCAGCCGAGAGGUGCCAAGAAACCGGGGCAUGAGGGGAACCCCUAGAAACAGUAAAAGGACAGCUCACAGCCUGUCUGCAGCAGUCAGAGCAAGAUCCCCAUGCAGGGAGAAGGGAAACCUGCCAGGCCAGCGUAGGAAGAGCUGAUUCCCUUUAGAUCUGAGCCACAGCCGCAGACAGCAGUGCAGGGCUGUCUCCUGCCCCUGCAGCCAUCCAGGUGGAUGCGUUUGCCAUUAGUGGCUGUCACUCUUUAGCUAAAUGUCACCCUACCCUGGCUGCAUAUAUACCUUCCGCCUCCAUCGCCUGCCUGAUGGUCUUAGGGACAUCCCUGGGAUGUUCCUGUGGCUUGAAGUCCUGCAGCGAGGUUUGCAAGAUGCCCAGUGCCUUGUGCAGAAAGCUCCUCCAUCCUACUUCGCUCCUCCAGCCAUCAUCGCCCUGGGGACAGCAGUUCAGAAGCCCAAAUACGCGUGAAAGAUCCAGGCAGCUGGAUGACCAUGGGUUUCUUAACACCUUCACCUGGGCAUUGCUUCUCUCCAAGCUUGGAGUCAAGAGCUGUAGCUCAGGUUGGGAGUGUGGAUGCAACCGAAACCUGGUUUUGAACUGUUUUCUUUCUGUUCAGAAGGCCUGUGCUCUCUUUUUUUAAAAGGGAUUUGCCACUGGAUCAGCACCUUCUUUAAGGAAACAACGAUACAUAUGUUCAAGUUUACAUGCACAGUGUUACAUUCUUUUGAUAAAAUAGAAUAAAAUUAUUUUGAUACUGUU